AUGACCACGUGCGACGGUGAAAACAACAAUCCAUUGAUGACGUUACGGAAGCGAGGUGAGACGAAGCGACGCGGUAAAAAAACAACGGUGAAAGCCACGGUACAACGCAUCACCGCCCACCCUACCCACCGCGCGAACGACGACGACCCACACAAGACAAGAAACGACACGGCCGGCACCCGGCUGCAGCCACCAUCGCUUUGUUUCCGGUGCCAUCUGUCACACGUCGUCGGCGCUAGCGCCGAAGCUUCGUUACCCUUCGCUCGGCGCAACUCGGCUCGGCUCCGCUUCGAUUCUGCUUGCCUGCCUGCAUACCCAAGCGUCGGCCAUUCGUCGUUUCCUGCUUUAGCGCUCGAACGGGGGGUCGUCGGCACCGACACCGGCAUUCGAAUUCGCAAAGGGGCGCCACCACGACGGAACGACUGCAAGACUGGCGACCGUCAUACGAACUUUCACUUUACUCGUGCCGAAUAA